AUGAGAAACGAAGAGGUUGGAGCUUGGUUGAAUGGGUUUCCUAACCUUCACCGUGACACGCCACAACCUUCCACUGCUCCCACCAACACCUUUCCGAUGUGGGGCGAGAACAACAUGAUCAACCACGACCAUGAUGUCGAUGUGUUGCUGUCUAAUGAUUUUGCUAGAAUGGCUGUUUUUGGUGAACAAGGGGAUGGUGGUAACAAAACUAAAGGAUAUGAACAUGGACAUGGGUACGGUGUUGAUGUUAUGGACUCAUCGUACACACAUGCAUUCUCACACUCACACUCAAACCCACGCUCACUCUCACUCUCACUCUCACUCUCACACACACCUAGUAGUUCUUUGGAUGGAUAUGUACAUGUUGGCGAAGAAAGGGUUGUCCCAUCGUCUGCUUGGGGUGUGAAGGCUUCUUCUGAUGUGGAGGGACACACUUUCGGACCUCCAAUGGAGUUUAACCAAAGGAGGAACACUUGUUAUAGAAACCUUCAAAUGCAGAACCCGUUUCAUGCCAGAGGGUCAUAUGCAAUGGAUUGGGACAUGAGUAGUUCCUUUAUGGUCUCUGAAAGUUACCCCAAGCUUACUACGAAUAUGAACACUCCAUCGCCUCAUUUUUUCCCUGCAGUGAAAGAAAUAGCACCAACAAGGGUGACCGUAGCCCCCGGUGGUGAAUUUUCGCAUUCUAGAGUGGACCCUGUGGCGUUUCAAUGUGAUGGUGGAUUUAUCAUGCAAGAGAGGGAGGUAAAAUGGUGUGUUGGAGGAAAAGGGUGCAAUUCUCUGAGGGGUUACAGAGACAGUUUACCUUCGCCAGCUCAAGCAGUGGCAGAUGAAGUUCCUCAAUUCAUUUCUUCUCGUGUUCCGAUUAGACCUGAAAAGAAUGGCAUUCUUUCAAGUGACAUUUCUCUUUCGCCGCGGCCAUUGUUGUUCAAGUUUGGUCCUCUGGUUAGGUUACAAGGUUACAUUUCCCACCUGGCAAAGGAUCAGAACGGUUGUCGCUUCUUACAGAAGAUGGUUGAUGAGGGCACCUCUGAAGAUGCACAAAUCGUGUUUAACGGAGUUAUAGAUGAUGUUGUUGAGCUUAUGAUGGACCCUUUUGGGAAUUACCUCGUGCAAAAGCUGAUUGAUGUGUGUGCUGAAGAUGAAAGAUUGCAUAUUGUGUCAAUGUUGACUAAAGAACCAUGGCAACUACUGAAAACCUCUUUCAAUACCCACGGGACUCGGGUGGUUCAGAAAUUGAUUGCUACUGUGAACUCUAGAAAUCAAAUUGCAUUGCUGAGGUCUGCCAUUCAACCUGAUUUUCUUGAUCUUGUCAAGGAUCUGAAUGGAAAUCAUGUUAUACAACGUUGCUUGCAAUACUUCAGUUGUAAAGAUAACGAGUUUAUUUUUGAUGCUGCAACAAAGUUCUGUGUUGACAUAGCUACUCACGAACAUGGGUGUUGUGUACUACAACGUUGCAUUGAUUACUCCACCGGAAAGUACCAAGAUAAGCUGAUAAAGGAAAUAUGCAGACAUGGGCUUAUUCUUGCUCAAGAUCCAUUUGGAAAUUACGUUGUUCAGUAUAUUAUAGAGAUGGAGAUCCCAAGUGCCUCAUCGAAGCUGCAUUCCCAGUUCAAAGGGAACUACGUAAACCUUUCCAUGCAAAAGUUUAGCAGUCACGUGGUUGAAAAAUGCCUCAUGCAUAUUUCAGAGAGCAGGUCCAGAAUAGUCCAAGAAAUUUUAUCUUUUCCUCACUUUGAGCGCUUCCUACCAGACCCAUAUGCCAACUAUGUUGUUCAACGUGCUCUUGGAGUCACCAAGGGUUCUCUGCAUACAUCUCUGGUGGAAGCAGUUCGACCCCACAAAAUCUUGCGCACCAACCCUUAUUGCAAAAGGAUUUUCUCAAGGAACCUACUUAAUAAGUGA